AUGAAAAUAAAAAUUAACUCUUUUAGAGUUGGUUAUUUUUUCCCACAAGAUUUUCAAAAUGUUGUUAAUGCUAAUCCAAAUUUAACCAUUGUAUAUAAUCAACAAAUGGCUGCAACAACUGCAAGCAUGCACAAUGCUCUUACUCAAAUAAAAAACCGAUCAAGAAUUGUAAUAGCCAAUAUAGAUAAUAUUGCAACAAGAAGAGAUUUUUUGUUAGCAAUAACUGAUACUGGAAUAUCUCAAAGUAAUGAAUAUGUAUUUAUAUUUGCACAGUUAAGAAGUCUUGGAAUGUUACAACAAAGUGAACAAUUUAUUUUAUUUGAUGAUUUUUGGAAAGUAACAACCGGAGUUGAUGAUGGACGUGGCGGAGAUGCUUUGAAAGCAGCAAGAAGAACAAUUAUUGUCGACUUAGAAAAUCAGUCAAACUCUCAAAUUGAUAUUUUCAAUGCUAAAGUAGUUUCUGAAUUUGGAAAGCCUCCUUUCAACUGCGUAAAUGAAUGUAUGGGUGGACCUAAUGACCAAAUUGUUUUUUAA